AUGCAGGUCGGCAAGAUGCUGGGCCCUGCCGCCAGUCUGACCAUGUGCUUUGUGAUGUUUCUCUACCCGUUUGGCAGCUGCAUCGCAUAUUUGGUCAUUGUAGGCGACAGCUUCCAGCCGCUGCUGCUGGCAGCCUUUGGCGCUGCCUGGUGGACCCGUCGCGCCGCCGUCAUCACUGGCAUUGGCUGCACCUGCAUCCUGCCGCUGUGCUUCCCCACCAGGCUGGCCGCGCUCAAAGGCAAGUCGGGGACCGUGAGUUCUUUGUGCGUGUAUGGGCUGAUGUCAGUGGUUGGGAUCAUCGUUUUCCGCUCCACCCAGAUUGUGGUCAGCCCAGACUACUCCUGGGCACCCGUCAAGGCCUUCAACCCUUCCAUCCAGUUCCUGAACGCGCUGCCCCUCAUUGUAUUUGCCUUCCACUGCCACACCAACAUCGUCAGCAUAUGGGACGAGCUUGAAGAGCACCCUUCACUGUUCUUCCGCCUCACGUCCACCACCCCCUCCUCGCCAACUGCUGCGGCCGGUGAGGAUGGCAAGCAGCAACGCCAGCAGAAAAGCGAGAAGCUCAGGGGCAUGAUCCGCGUGGUGAUGGCAGGAGUUAGCAUCGUUGGCGUGUUUUACAGCUGCGUGGCGCUGGCUGGCUACCUAGCGUUCCCCGACACAGCUAGAUCCAACAUCACCCUGAAUUUUAGGCAGGACGAUUGGCUGAUGCAGGCCGCCCGCGCCUGCAUUGGCCUGAUCCAGAUCUGCGCCUACCCCGUUAACCACCACCCAGCAAGGGGCGCAGUGCGUGACCUGAUCUUCCAGACCACAGACCGCACCGUGGGCGGCCGCGCCUUCUAUGCGCUGGAGCCCCUCGCCUUUUUCGGCACCACCCUGGCCCUGGCCCUCGUUUGCAGCGACCUCGGUGUCAUCUUGAAGCUGGUGGGCGGCACCUGUGGUGCCAUGCUGAUCUUCCUCAUGCCCGGUGCCCUGCUCGUGCAAUACUCGCUCACCAAGCACCGUGCCUCCCGGCGUCAGCAGCCGCUGCGAGAGCCGCUGCUGCCUGGAGGGGAGGCGGCGGCAGAAGCCGGCGACAGCGGGGCACACACCCCGCAUGGCCAGCAGCAUGUGCACGCGACAGAGGCAUUCAGCUUGUGGUGGAGCAUACUGUUCUGGACCGCCAUUGUGCUGUUGCUGCUCGGAUCCUUUGUCGCGCUCUUAGCGAUCAUCACCACCAUACGCCCCCUGAGUUAA